UGGUUAAAAAAAGGAAAAAAGAAAUCAAUAAAAAUUCGUCAAAAAAGCCAAAAAAAAUUCGGAAAAAUUGAGAGCGUUAGCGUUUUGAAUUGUGAGUUCGAAUUAAGAUCUGAAGACCGCAGGUGUACUUUUCUGAUCAAUUUCGUUGUAAAUUGUUCGUUUUCGUCGAGUUUUUAGGCGAUCUCCGAAGUUGGACGAAGACUUUGAGGAAUUUAAAGCGGUUUUGGUCUCAAAUCUGAGGAUCUAAAAAGCUCAAUUUUCGUAUUCAAACCGAGUUUAUGGACGCCUAAGUUAUUAUCUCUAUAGUGAUAUUAUUAGCAUUUGAAAUAUGGUGUUGCACAAGAGAUUGGAUUAUGGAUCCAUUGGCUAUCAAGUUCCUCCAAUGCCAAGAGUUCCUAGAUCAGCCAAGGGAAAGCGUUCUAUCAGAAAGAAGCUUGACAAUAAGCAAAUUAGUGCAUUCGAUCUGCUUGCCACUGUUGCUGGAGAACUAUUAUCAGAGAGAGAAAAUUCUUUACCUCAAUGUAAAAUAUCUGGAACAGUCAACCCUACUAUUAAGCAGGAGCAACAAGAAAAUGAGAUGCCAUUCAAAGCUGAAGUUUUUGAUCAGGGGAGCUGCAAUGAGAGCACAUUGGGCUCUGAAUCUGCCUUUAAAAGGCAAAUUAGUUGUAAAUUAGAGAAGCCCUCACAAACCCUCAAAUCUUUGGAAGGAAAAAAGGGUGAAUUGUCAUCAAUUGCCAUGAAAUGUGAUAUUGAUGGUAAGGUUGAGAUAGGCCAAAGUGGUCCAGGGAUAUUGGAGGAUCCAAUGGAUUUGGAUGCUAAACCUCCUGCUUUGGUUAGCUCUGAUAGCAGUGUCAAGGUGCCCAUUUCUCGUUCUAGUUCCUUCUCCAAGUCUAGAGAUAAAAAUGAACUUGUUGAUGGAGAUGGUGACGAGAACUCUUCUUGGUGCACUCAUCCUUGCACAGAUGCCGCGAAAGCCUUUAGGCUUCAACGUAUAGGAGAUCGUAGGAUAAGGAAGCUAUUGGCAUCUAAAAUUUGGAAAGUGCCACCAAAAGUUUUGAAGGAUGGGGAGCUUUCUAAUAAUGAUGUACAAAUGAAAACAGUUUUCGGAAGCAAGAAAAUGUGCUAUACUCGCCAAAGGACUCAAAGAUCUCCAUUCAAGCGAAGGAAAUUGUUUGAGCAUCGUCCAAUAUCAGUAGCUGUUGGGGGUAUUUAUGGUGAAGGGAUUCCGAAGUCAGCUAAAUUUGGUGGCUUGCAAAUAGAAAGGAAUGAUGGCCAUGCAAUUUCAAAAUCAUCAUAUGAUUCAGGUGAUUAUCAUGUGAAAUUUACUAUAAAGUCUUUCAAAGUGCCUGAGCUCUUUAUUGAGAUUCCUGAAACUGCCACUGUUGGUUCGCUGAAGAGGACAGUUAUGGAAGCUGUGACUGCUGUACUUGCAGGUGGACUGCGUGUUGGUGUUCUUCUUCAAGGAAAGAAAGUCAGAGACGAUAAACAAACUCUCCUCCAAGCCGGAAUCUCUCACAAAGAUAAGAUGGAUAAUUUAGGGUUUUCAUUGGAACCCAAUUCAACUCAAGCUCCUCCACCACCACUCAUUAGCCCAGAAGACCCUAAUCCUCUUCUUCUAUCGAAUCCAAUCCAAAGGAUCUCAGCUCCAGUACCUGUCAUAGAUCAAAUGCUACCUGAAACUUUACCAGAGCAACCUCAAACUUCAACAUUAAACAGUCCUGAGAGUGAUCAUGAUUCAGGCCACUCUCACACUGAAGCAUCAUCUUCUGUAGAUAAAAAUGCAAGUUUGAAAGCUUUGGUUCCUGUACCGGACAUGAACUCCGAUUCUCUAGCUGUAAUUCCUUCGCGCAAGCCUAAGCAGACGGAGCUUGUCCAACGCCGGAUCAGACGACCUUUUUCGGUCGCCGAGGUUGAAGCCCUAGUUCAAGCUGUUGAAAAGCUUGGAACCGGAAGGUGGAGAGAUGUCAAGAUCAGAGCUUUUGACAACGCAAAGCAUCGAACAUAUGUAGAUCUUAAGGACAAAUGGAAGACUUUGGUGCAUACGGCGAGGAUCUCGCCUCAGCAGAGGCGAGGUGAACCGGUCCCCCAAGAGUUAUUGGACCGGGUUCUCUUGGCCCAUUCUUACUGGGCUCAGCAGCAGGCUAAGUUGCAGUCCAAGCCCAAUUAGGCCCACCAGGUAUUAUAAAGGGGGGGUGAUGUAACCUGUAAAAAUGAAGUACAGGAGAAAUGUGAAAUAUUUACACUUGUACAUGAUGGUUAUCGACGAAACAAGUCUGCUGUUAUCAGUAACGGGUAACGGAUCCGAAGUUAUGAAGCUUGCUGAUUUGAUUCAAUUCAUUCUUUCGACUUGGACAAAGUCUUGGUGUUGUAAUUAGGAGUUGAAGGAGAUGGUGUAGGCGAUUUGGGUUCGGUGAUUUGAACCUCUUUUGUCUGUCAAUUAGGUAUAGGAGAAGCAUAACGGGUGGUUUUCUGUGAUUGUGUUAACCUCUUAUUUUGUUGAUGUAUCAAUCUUUCUUUGGUAACAAUUUGUUCAUGUAUUAGCCAUAUAGGCCCAUGUUAACUUUUGUUCUAAACCGUCAUUUAUAAAAGCAAUGGUUAAGAUC